UGGGAGCCGUGCACUCCGUCCUGCUCCCACCCGGUGCUGCCAGAGAGAUGGGUCUGCUCCUGAAGGUCAUCCUCCCCUUGAUGGGGCUGGGGCUGGCCGUGUAUUUUUAUUCAGCACCCGAGAAUUUCAACGAGGAGAUGCUCCGGGGGAAGCGGGUGAUCGUGACGGGAGCCAGCAGCGGCAUUGGGGAGCAGAUGGCGUACCACCUGGCACGCAUGGGGGCCCACGUCCUGGUCACCGCGCGGACGGAGGCCAAGCUGCAGAAGGUCGUGGAGCGGUGCCGGGAGCUGGGUGCAGCAUCCGCCCGCUUCGUGAGCGGCUCCAUGGAGGACACGGCGUUCGCCGAGGAGGUAGUGAAGGAGGCCGAGAACACCUGGGGAGGCCUCGAUAUGCUCAUCCUGAAUCACAUCGGCCACUCUUACUUCAACUACUUUGAUGGGGAUGUGGACCACAUACGAAAGCUCCUGGAGACCAACUUCCUCAGCUACGUGGCGAUGACCGUGACUGCCCUACCCAUGCUGAAGGAGAGCGAGGGCAACAUCGUCGUCGUUUCGUCUGUGGCAGGUAAAGCCCCUGGCCCGUUUGCUGCUCCCUAUUCUGCAACAAAGUUCGCCUUGGACGGAUUUUUCAGCUCCUUGCGACAUGAGUUCAUCAUAGAAAACGUCAAUGUUUCCAUCACGCUCUGCAUCCUGGGCUACAUUGACACUGACAACGCCAUGCAGGCGGUCUCACAUGCCAUCAAGGUGGCCCCGUCGCCCAAGGAGGAGUGCGCGCUGGAGAUCAUCCGCAGCGGGGCCCUGCGCCAGCACGAGCUGCACUACCCACCCGGCAUCGUGAACGGGAUGCUGCUCCUGCGUGGCCUGGCCCCCGGCUUUCUUGACACCCUCAUCAGGAGCAACAUCGUCGUGGAAAACGUCCAGAGAGCGCCGCCACCCCACGGCACCAGGGUGCCCCCGGCCGGCUCCCCGGGGUCGGGGCGUUAGCGCGGCUCCAAGUGCCCGGGGUGGCCCCGCACUGACGCGCCCCACACACAGCGGUGUCUGCAGAAAAACCCACCCCGAAACAGCACGUGGGGACGCUUUGUGAAGACAGCACAGCUGGGAACAUGGGGCCCCUCCGGAGCUGCCCACGCAAGAUGGGACAACAGAAAACAACGACAUGGCACAAAAACAUCUCUUUUAGUUAGGACACUUGUAGCCGGCCUCUGCUGAUCAAGAGGAGCAUGCAGCAGGGCUCCCUCUCGCCAGCCAUUCUCUUCCCCUGGCUCCACAAAAGCUGAAAAAUUCAGAAAUCCACAAGGCUGGAAACAGAGAGGGGUUCGGGAAGCAUGCUCAGGCUGUGUGCUUUGCUGCACAUGUUCUCUGCAUUUCAUUGCAUCCCUCUCAAAGGGGGGAUUAAGUAAAAGGUAAUUAACAGGAAAGGCAACUGGGCCCGCAGAACACAGCCUCCUGCUUCUGAGGGAAAGAUGAUGGGAUUCAGAAUGGCUCGACUGAAACAUGAAAAUCUUCAGUGACCUACUUAAAAUUAGAUAUUUUUUGGGAAAAAACAAAAAAACAAAAAAACAAAAAAACA